UUCAACAAUGUUCAGCAACGGACCUGUAAUUUUUGCGUCUCUGAUCUUGGCUUUGAUCGGCCAAGCUAAGGCUGGACAUCCCUUUGACUUUUUUGAAGAAACCCUUGACGAUUUCGAAGAUUGUCUGAAAAUUAAUAAUAUUUCCAUUGAGGCAUACGAAAAGUUUGAGGAGUUCGAUAAUUUGGAGAAUGUUCUCAGUGAAAAUGUCGAAUUGAAGUACAAGUGCAACAUUAAAUGUCAGCUGGAAAGGCAGCCAACUAAAUGGCUGAAUGAACUGGGCACAAUUGAUCUGAAAUCGAUGAAUGCCCUUAAAGAAGCAGCGGAGUACAUCACAAAGUGCAUGGACAAUGCCCCCGAUGAGCCUUGUGCCUACGCAUACAAACUAGUUAUUUGUUCUUUCAAGUCCGGUCACACCGACUUUGCGAUCGAAUAUAAGGACGAUAUAUCAGAGGUAACCACCGAUCUAGCUGCAGAACAACAGGCGGAACUAGACGAAAGCGAUUUCAUCGAUGUCUAACAAUAAUAACAAUGAAAAUAAUUAAAAGUUAAAAUAAAACAGUUAACAAG